AUGAUUAGCGUCAAGGUGUUCGCGUUGCCUGCUGGCCCGCGCACGCUGAGGCGAGUGCAAAUUGACAAGAUGGGCACGAUCGCCGCCCAACUCCCCGCACUCUCCGCGGCGAUUGGCGAGACGAUAGAAAUAGCUUCCGCCACGUUCUACGCGGGCAGAGGAAAGUCCAUUGACAAGGAGCCACUUGCCACAGAUCUUCCCCUUGACGCCAUUGGCAUCACUGACGGUAGUCUCCUUGCAAUUCUUCCAAAAAGGCCGAAGGUGGCGCCUCAGCAUGAAGAACAAAAAGAGGUGAAGGGCUCAAGUGUAGACAAGUGCAGCUUCUCACACGUGGUAGCGAACACUCGCAUGAGUGAGACAUCUUCGUCUGGGCGGGAGUCGGCGGAUCCACGCAAGUUGGCGGUGCCGACGGGGGAAGCAAAAGGGUCCAGCGCCCCACCCGCCGCCGCCACGCGGCCUCCACCAGCCCGGACCGCCGACGCGAACGGGCUCAAUAGUGAGUUGCUGCUGUCGCUUGUACGCGAGGUGGCGAACGCGAAGCAGGAGAUGGCCUCUUUCUGGGAUAAAUGCAGAGUUGAGCUGAAGCGUGACGGACCUGCUUUGGAAAAAGAGUCCCUGUUGGAGGUACUGGGAGCCGUCACGAGACUGACAGAGCAACAGCAGAUUGUGGAAAACGCGAUAGGCUCGCUGCAGGAGCAGGCAAGAGAUCGAGUCCAGGUGGCCGCGGUGCUGGCCUCAAUUCAUGAGGUCAAUGCAAAUAUCCUGAGCGAGUUGGCCACGGCCCGUCAGCAGAAGAGUGCAGCUGUGCACGAGAGUGUUGCAGCAAUCAUGCAGCUUCAGGGGAAACUUGAGGGGGGCUUGCGUUCCCUGGCACUUGCAACUCUCCCGAAGUGGUCUCUUCAGAGCCCCGUAGCCGCCGCGAGCUGCGUGAGUGAACUUUCCCAUCUUCCGGCUUCCUCCUCGACGAUAUUAGAGGAUGAAUAUGCCUUGCAUGAGAGUUUGCUUCAGCAGUUUUUUGCGGCAGUGGGAUACGUCGGCGUUACAGCGACUGAAUUGUUGACUCACUUUGAUAGCCUUGGAGACCUUUACGCCGCUGUGUCGAUAAGGUACAACUUGCAGCAUAGCCCCAUGCAGGAGGCGGUGCAAAGACGGUUGCGGUUGCAUUUACCGCCUUUGGCCCCUGCAGCACCUAUUAUUUGUUACCUGCAUGAUGGUCGGGAGGCGGAGUAUGUGGAAGCCGUCGUACUUCGCUCGAUUGGCCUGCACUUGCACCCGCCGCAGCUGUGGAUUGAGGUGGCACACCCUCCUGGUGGCGUGGCCGCCUGCAGCAACUACUACUUUUCUUCGCUGGUGGGUCUCAGUCAGCGAGAGAAGCCAAGGUGCCUGCAGAAGACGCACAGCGACGUGUGCCGGUUUCCCGAACUGAGCAGUGUUUGCCCCCGACUCGGCCUGUGUAAUCCGCAAUGGACGGAACACGACAUCCACGCAAAUGCAAGGCUGCGCCGAAGCCAAGCUGCAGCAAUCCUCCUCUCCCAACGGCCGGACCUUCUAGGAAACAUGGACGCCGUCCUGGAGUUGUAUGCUGGGAGAGAAGAGACACUUUGGAAGUUGCUCACUGUGGGAGCCUUUAAGUAG